AGAUAAACUUUUUUUCUCUGCGUGUUGGCGAUGCGGAAUGUUGCGGUUGCGGUAGUAGUGGCCAAACUUUUGAUGAAGCGCCCUGUUGCUUGACAGCAGACAUUUAUUUAAUGGAACAACAUGUCCCGUGCAUUGUCACAAUACCCUGGUACGAUUUGUGUGAGUGCUUGGUGGUUUUCAGUGCUCAGAACGUUUUGAAAGGGGAGUCGGAAAGAAGUUGAGGAAGAAACUAAUCUGGUAAAUGCUUCUGUCGGACUGCAUAAUUCCACAAGUGCUAGGAGGAGCAGCUCAAGUUAUAAAGGAGCACGAUGCCGUCGCAAUGCACGUGGUGCGAGAGACACGGCGAGUGGAGCCUCUUUAGCCAGGGACAUCUUCGAGUAUGUCGAUUCUAUAGAUGCAAAUCUUGUCAGAUAUGCGACGCCAAUAAGUUCUGCUCUAAAUUCUGCUCGAAGUGCAGUAAUCAUGGAAUCAGUGCGCGCGCGACGCCGCGGCACACAGCCAACUGCAGGUAUGGCGCAUGCACCUGCUCUCACUGCAGGACUGGCGCCGUCUGCGUUUUCUGCAAGUUUCACGGGUUGCAGGAGUACGACGCAGGGCAGCACGCCAAGUUUUGCAAGUUCCGCAGUCGUUGCUCCUGUGGACUUUGCAUCGGUGAGCGGCGGCGGCAGGGACUGGACAAGAAAGAGACUCCCGCCAAGGAGCAACCCUCCGCCCAAGGUUCGCACCAGCAGAAGGACCAGUCCGAGAGGCAGUCUUCUGCUCAAAACGAGGAAGUACGCGCUAAAGGUAGUGCCACCAACUUCUGCGUUUUUUGCAAAUUGCACGGCGCAGAAGUGUUUGACAUCGGUCAACACGCAAAAUUCUGCAAGUUCCGCAGUCGCUGUUCCUGUGGACUAUGCUUUGGCGAGCGGCGGCGCCAGGGACUGGACAAGCAAGAAACUCCCGCCAAGGAGCAGAAGACUCAGUUUGAGAAGCAGACACCAGGUCAACGCGAGCAAGAAUACACAGAGCAAAGUAAAACUGUAGAAAAUCCAUCAUCUCAGCAGAGCAAGACUGAAGACGGGCUCGUUGUCACCAAGAUGAGCACAGUUACGAGCACCAAAUCAAAUGUACAAUCCAAGGAGCAGACUCGCAAGCGGAAGGCAUCUGCUGGUGUAUCGUCCGACCCUAAACGCGCCCGCACUAACCUGGAUAAUUGUCUAUAUUGUCUCAAUCACAACUGGCACUUUCCAAUGAAAAGCCACCACCGAGAUGUGUGCAUGUUCCGGCUGUGCCGGUGUACCGACUGCCGCAGAGUGCGCGCGGACUUGAAGGCUCGCUUGCAGCGGACUCCACAGGUUGAGACGGCCGUCGCCCCGCCGAAGAAGCCGUUGGCCGUUGUCCCCCCUAAACCCAGAGUAUUCUCUAAUAAUACAGCGGUGACCACAGUGCCCAGCACCAGUUCACCGCCAGGCAAUACGCCAGAGAAACCCAAUAGGUCAGAUGACCCUGACCCUCCCCUUAAUUCGAUUGAAACGACAUCUGGUGACAGGCCAUAUAAUCUCGAACCCCCUGUCGUCAAGUCAGAUGUGCCCGCCUCUCCUCUUAAAACAGAAGAGACGGAUGAGACUUCUGUCGAGACGGAGAAAGUCAAUGAAACUCAACCUGCAUCAGUUGUCAGCACAGAUGAAGCCAGGAGUAAUGAAACUGGGGUCAAGAGCGCACCGGAAUUGCAGAUCGUUGAAAAGUUGGUGGUAGACAAGGCACUGGCCGACAUGCAGUGCUCGGACGACAGCAGCAACGAUGGCGUAACUGUCUUCCUGAACGGGGAAGACUUCGCUGUCGUGGACGAAGUCGGUGAAGACUCUACAGGUGACGAAACGGACCUAACCGUUUCCUCAAGUUCCACUCUAAAGAUUGCCACAUUAAAAAAGAUAGGUGUCAGUAAAACAGAAGAAGUUGACCUUGACAGAAAAAAAGAUUGCAAGGUCCUGUCGACUUUGGAAGAUGAGUCUAAUAAUAUUGAUGAGCAGACUGCCCCUAAAGUAUUGCCAAACUUGGCAAUUAGUAGAGAAACCGAAUAUUUGGAGAAUACUGUUUUAGAGCCAGAAGUUUGUUCUGAUAGUGUUUGCACAUCAAAGAAUACUGGUUGUGAUUCUCAAAUAACUCAGUCGCAGAACACUGAAGACGUAGCCGUGGAUAGCUUACCGGACGACAUCGGCGGCCGUGUUAAAGACUCGCAUGCACCUGCUCCAGAUGCGUCCAGCCUACUGAACUGCGGUAUCGAGCGUGAUCAGAUGCAAGUUGACACAGGCACUGAAAUCACCCAGAAUACUUUAGUGAGCACGCCGGAUGAUAGUGCGUGUGGAGAGGUGGGGAAAGAGAGGACUUCUAAAGACGAAGAAGAAUGUGACUCAAUGAGCAGUUUGCCGGAACCCAAAUCUACCAUAUCUCUGAUUAACAGCAAAUCAAGAGAAUGUAUAAACGAUACUAGUAAUAGUCACAACGUUACCGUUGGUGCUAAUAGUAGCGAGUCCACAUCUGACCGAGCUUUUCUGGAAACAAAAGUUGCCGCGGACACCGUACCCCAUCAGUAUUCUGAUUUUCACAAAAACUCUGGGACUGAACAAGAAAGAAAAGACAUUGAUUCGACGUCCAUCAUUAAUGCUGUAGAAAAUACAGAUGUAGACCCGUCGGCGAAAGGCUGCCUUCUAAAUGAGGGCAAACAACCGACACCUGCAGAAAAAACUCAAAUAGAGACACCCAACAUCAAUACAGAGGAAAUCGGAGAAAAGACGCCAUCUAACGAUUCAUCAAAAAAGGGUGAAGGUAAUGAACCGGAACAGGCGCUACCAACCCCUUCAGUAGAGCCAAGCAAAGAUGCCAGUGACUCCCCCUCCUCCGACGCAGACAUCUGUAGGAGCCUUCUUGACGAGCUUGCAGAGUUUGGCAAAAACCUGAAGCCUUAUGAGCGAUAUCCGCGUUCAGCCAGCUUGGGUAACAUUUUUUCAAACUUUCAAGAGCAACCAAGCGUGCGGAAAGAACAUCGGCGAAGAUGCAGUGCUGCUGUGCCUGACAUACUCGAGAGACAAGCUCAGUCCGAGACCUUGUCUGAAAUCGUGUCAGCCAGCUGUAAGGGUCAAGAUGAAGGACCCCCUACUCUCACGAGCGGGGAUUCGUCCUCUGCAGUGCAAGACCUUCCUUUAACAAACCAUAAUUGUAAAGAUAAAUACCCAAAUCAGCUGACGAGCGGUGAUUCGUGCUCUGCAGCAGUGAGAGACCUCCGACCAUUGACAAGCCCGGGUUGUAAAGAUAAAGACCCCCAUCCCCAAACGAGCGGAGAUUCAUCGGAGCAAGACCUCCAUCCCCAAACGAGCGGAGAUUCAUCGAAGCAAGACCUUAAUCCUCCAACAAACGGAGAUUGUAACGAGAAGGACCCUCAGCCCCAAACAAUCGAACAACCAACCGUCGAUUUAGCGUGUUCAAAGAAAGACUCCAUUCUCCCCCAAAACGGGGAUUUGCCUGGAGCAGUGGAAAAUACACAUCCCCAAACAGAAACUAGUCAAAUAGCAGAGCUGACAAAUGCGGAAUCUGGCAGCUUCAUUUGCGCUGUAUGCGGAAAAAUCUUCGGGACGCUUCUACAGCUGCGAAUGCACAGCAACAUCCAGCACCAGUGCGACCCUGAGUCGGACGAUGAAGUGCGUCUUUGCCGGGUUUGUUCGUUUGAAACGUCGAACCAGGUGGCUCUUUCUGAUCAUGAAAAUGCCCACAUGGGGUUGGUCAGUUACGAAAAAUUGUUUUUAUUUAUCAAACAAGUCGACAACUGUAUAAGUUUUAAAAACAAGAGCAGUCGUGCGGAGAGAAUCUAGUUCCUAUUUAAAAUAUUUCUUAUAUUUUUCGUUAUUAAUUAUAAUAAAGAUAUGUUUCUUUACAAUUUUUUAUUUUAUUAAAAAGUGUUACUGAGAACUGUAAUUUAUCUGAUUAGAUAUAUAGCCAUAGCCCUAUUGUUUUCAGCAUAAGACGUUGCGUUGAAAGUUGUAUUAUUUGAUGAUUUUAUUUAGUUCAUCCAAAAAAUAAAAGUUUAUAUUUUUCUCUUGCAACUAUAAA